AUGUCUCCUUUCCUUGCUUAUGUUCCUCAGGAAGAUAUGGCAGCCCACGGAAGCCAGAUGGUGAGCCUGCCUGGCCACGGGCAUGGCCCGACGGUCUGCACAGGUCCCUUCCAACCCCAGCAGCUCUGCGAUUGGGAUGGAUUCGCCUAUUGGAUUGGCCAUGGAGGCGGUGGAGUCACGUCCCGGGAGGUGUUUAAGGAAAGCCUGGCCGUGGCACACGGUGUGUGUAUCACGGUGCUGUUCGGCCCGGUGGGCCCGGGGGUGCUCCCGCAGGCUGAGCCGGAGCCGGUGGCGGUGGCGGUGCCAUUGCCGCGGCACCCAGCAGCCGGGCAGCCGCGCUCUCCCGCCGCCCCGAGGAAGAGGGAUCUGCUCAUUAAAAAAGGAGAUAUCUUUAUUAUUUGUGGUAAUAAAUAUUACAACCAAAUCUUUUUUUGCCUCAACAGGUAUACAAAGCUCGGAUAUGCGGGUAAUACUGAACCCCAGUUCAUUAUUCCUUCAUGUAUUGCUAUCAAAGAGUCAGCAAAAGUGGUCGAUCAAGCACAAAGGAGGGUUUUGAAAGGUGUGGAUGAUUUAGACUUCUUCAUUGGGGACGAAGCAAUAGAAAAACCAACUUAUGCAACCAAGUGGCCUAUCCGCCAUGGUAUAGUUGAAGAUUGGGACUUGAUGGAGAGGUUUAUGGAGCAAGUAAUCUUUAAGUAUUUAAGGGCAGAACCUGAGGACCAUUAUUUUCUUUUGACUGAGCCUCCAUUAAAUACUCCAGAAAAUAGAGAAUAUACUGCUGAAAUCAUGUUUGAAUCUUUCAACGUUCCAGGGCUAUAUAUUGCUGUUCAGGCUGUCCUUGCCUUAGCCGCAUCGUGGACGUCAAGACAAGUAGGAGAGCGAACGCUGACUGGCACAGUUAUAGACAGUGGAGAUGGUGUCACUCAUGUUAUUCCUGUGGCUGAAGGAUAUGUGAUUGGCAGCUGUAUCAAACACAUUCCAAUUGCUGGGAGAGAUAUCACAUACUUCAUUCAGCAGUUGCUGAGGGAGAGAGAAGUAGGAAUUCCUCCUGAACAAUCCUUGGAAACAGCUAAAGCAGUGAAGGAGCGCUUUAGUUACGUAUGCCCUGACUUAGUAAAAGAAUUUAACAAGUAUGACACAGAUGGUACAAAGUGGAUUAAACAAUAUACUGGAAUUAAUGCUAUCUCAAAGAAAGAAUUUACCAUUGAUGUUGGUUAUGAGAGAUUCCUGGGGCCAGAGAUUUUCUUCCAUCCUGAGUUUGCUAAUCCUGACUUUACGCAACCAAUCUCAGAAGUAGUAGAUGAAGUUAUUCAGAAUUGUCCCAUUGAUGUUAGACGUCCUCUAUAUAAGAAUAUUGUCCUCUCUGGAGGCUCAACCAUGUUCAGGGACUUUGGUCGCCGUUUACAGCGAGACUUGAAAAGGACAGUGGAUGCCAGGCUGAAACUUAGUGAAGAACUUAGUGGUGGCAGACUGAAGCCGAAGCCCAUUGAUGUCCAAGUCAUUACACACCAUAUGCAGAGAUAUGCAGUCUGGUUUGGAGGAUCAAUGCUGGCUUCCACACCUGAAUUCUACCAAGUAUGCCAUACCAAAAAAGAUUAUGAAGAGAUUGGCCCUAGCAUCUGUCGUCACAACCCUGUGUUUGGAGUCAUGUCUUAAAGCUGACCCUGCAGGGGUCAGGGGUGGGGAAGUGGGGAGGAGGAAGAGUCUUUCUGAUUACUUGUUUGUCUGAUGGCUGGUAUUAAAGAUAACAAACAUGACUUGACAAUAAGAAAAAGACCAAACACAAUUAAGCAGGAUCAUUUUAAUAAGUGUCUCAACAUGCGGAUGUAGUGGAAAGCCAAAAUGAUCACAUUUUUUCUUUAGAUUGAUUAUUUGAACUUGUGCGUAACAAAACAAAAAAAAGUGGAUUUUAGUUCUUUCUGUGCCCUGAUAUUUUGUAUAUUAAUGAAUUAUCCAAGAUUUGAUGGGAUUUGAUGGUGUGUAGAUAGUCAGCUCUCUAAUGCUUCCAUUGCACCCCUUCAUGGGUGUAAUACAGGAGCUUGUUUAUAUUUCAUACUUUUUUAUACUUUGAGGAAAAAUAUGAAUAAAAGAAACUGUAAUAUUUGAGGAAAAAAAUUUACCAGUGACCAACUUGAAAGUAAAUUUAAAAAAAAAGAAAAAGUCAUGACUCAUGCAACUAGCUCUUGCUAGUCUAAAUCCUGGGUUCCAUACAAUGCGAGUGCUUUUGGAACUAAGAAGCUACUAUCUUGGAUUAACCAAUGCCUGCUAGUGCUUUCUGAUUACUUGGUGCAUUUUCAUACUAUCUCUUGCUUUUAAAAAAAAAAAAAAAGUAAAGA